AGCAAGAUCACCCUGAACUCUACUGUGGUGAGUAGAGUGUUACACUUUGUAACUGUGCUUAGCUUUUCCUAGUAUAGUUUUCAGUUAAUCUUUCUAGUAAGAUAGGAACUGUUAUUGAUAUUUCUACUUGUAUUUAUUCUAUAAUGUAUUGCAUUACAAAUUAUAUACGUUUUCAGAUAGAUAGAUAACAACCAUCGUGAUUUCAUUGCAUACAUCAGAGCAAUAAACAGUGGUAGCAGCAAGCGCAAGCUCAAACUACAACGACGUCAACUAAAACUCAAACUACAUCAACUACAACUACGUCAACUACUGUGAAGAUGUCAAAGGACACACCAUCAUUUAAUGGGACUGGUUAUAAACGGUACCGCCAGCUUGCUAAGAUAUGGGUAACUGUAUCAACGGUAUCAGAGGAACACAAAGCAAUGACGCUGAUCAUGUUUCUCAAAGACAAAGCAUUAGACAUUGCUCUAACCAUAGAUGAAGCACUUCUUAAGACCAAGAAGGCUGAUGCUGAGACAACUGAGACUAAAGUCGGUGUUGAGCUACUUAUAGCCAAGUUAGAUGAGAUUUACCUAGAGAGUGAUGAUACUCUUGGAAAAUAUGAAAGAUUUGAAAAUUUAAGAAGAAACUCAGAACAGAGAAUGACUGAGUUUAUCCUGAUAUUCGAGAGUCUAGAACGAGAACUGAAGACAGAAGGAGUGACACUUCCUGAACUAGUGCUGGCCUAUAAAUUACUAAAAGCUGCCAAUCUGUCCAAUGCAGAUGAGAAGUUAGCUAGAGCCACCUGCACAGCUAUGACAAUGGAAGAUAUGAAGAAAUCACUCAUGAGAUUGGCUGAUUCCCAACUCAAUAAGUCCAAAUCAGAAGAAUCUGAUAGUCUUCCUAUUAAAGUGAAAGCAGAGCCAUGCUAUCUAGCUUUAGACGAUGGACAACUUCCAACAGAAGCUGGUAAAAAAGAGACAACAGACUCAAAUACUCUCCCAGAAGAGCAAAUAAUGUUCAAUAGGAACAGACCUGGAAACAAUGUUAGAGGAAAACAGAGAGCUUUCGGCCAGAGAAAUGACAACAGACAGGUUUGCUACGGAUGCUACUCUCCAGGACACUGGAUCAGAGACUGCCCUCUUAGAGCUCCUUUCAGACAGCCAAUGAACUUCCAAAGGCCGCCUUACCAACAUCACACCAUGCCUUAUGACCAACACUCAGGCUACAGACAAGGAUCGCCCAACCCAGCCUAUUACAACCAGCAGACUCCUUAUUAUCUAUCAGACAUGAUUCCCAACAAUGAAGAGUUUUACGGAUACAACCAAGAAUACUAUGAAAAACCUAUGCCUACAGCGAAACCCAUAUUCUUCCAAUGGAACGUCCGUCAAGAAGAAGAAGCUGUUUUUCUAGUUGGAGAAACUGUCAAUAAAGCUUUGUUAGACUCAGGAGCAAGUAGAACAGUAGCCGGGGAAAACUGGUAUUCGUGCUUUCUAGAUUCUCUAGAUGACGAGACAAGAAGCACUGUUAAAGAAUUCCCAGCAGAAAUCAUCUUUAGAUUUGGAGUAGGAACCCUAGAAUCUUCUAAGAAAGUGAUUAUCCCAGUCACAAUUUGUACCCACAAAAUUCGGCUUGAAGUACACAUCGUUAACAGUGACAUACCUCUUCUAUUAUCUUUGAAAUCAAUGAAGUACAUGGGAGUGCAACUUAAUUUCGAGACAGACACCAUUACCAUCCGUGGAGAAGAUUACAAGCUAGAGUUGACUCAAUCAGGUCACUAUACGAUCCCAAUCCAGGAAGAAAACAUGAUGGUUCCAAAACAAGAAGCAGAUGAGCAGAUGAAUAGUAAAGAGAGAUCUCACGCCAGAGCUCAAGAAACAAACUUUGAUCAUAAUUCUACUUUAAGAGACUUCAACAUUCCAAAUCUUGAUCCUGAAGAGAUAAGUGCUCAAGUAAAACCUGAGAUCCAAACCAUAACUAGAACGACAGAUCAAGAAGAACCACAGGAAACAACAAACAACCUACCUGGUGGAACUGCAGAGCCUACAAUAGUUGAAGUUAAAGACACUCCAGAAACAACUAUUGAGAGAACUACCGAAGAAGUGGAUCAAACAAAGAAACCUCCAAAGGCAAGGAAACCUAUGAAGAAAAAUGAAGGCUUGAUAACUGCAGUAAGUGAAGGAGACACAGUGGUAUUCCAAGAACCUGAUUCGGAUACAUGGCACAAAGUGCAGCUUAAGUCUAGAGGAUACACUGUCAACAGCAUGAACAAGAACUACUGGAAUGUCAUUUCAGAAGACGGAAGUUUUUCCGGGGUCAAUUUAGACAAAGUAGACUGGCUACUUAAGAAAGACCCUCCUGAACCUCCUCCCAUAGUUGAACCCAAUGGAAAUGAAGAGAGUAUCAAGUUUGCCGAGAUGAUGUCUGAAGAAGUUUUUGUCCUGAGAACAGUGCCAAGCACAUACUACAACUAGACUGGUAUUUCUGAAUGUGUUAAGUUCUACGGUCUAUCUUGAGUGUUUCUCUAUAUUUUGUCUGGGCAGUCUGUUUAGAGAGAAGUAUAGGAUUAAGGAUGAAAGCUUCCUUUGUGAGGACUGAGGAUUGAGAAAUUAGGCUACAGAUAUCAAAGGUUUGCAGUUUACUACAAACUGACCUGGACCCAACGGAGUUGGCUCUUGAGACUUGAGAACUCACCAUACUUCAGAAUGCCUUUUAACAUUGUAAUGAACAAACUUUUAUAACAUUUUAAUGGACAUUGUUAAAUUAUUAAUUUAUUCAAUAUUUAGCUUAUUCUUCUAAGUUGUUCUUUUUUAACAAGCAUUUUAUACUUUUGAAUCGAUGUUGUUGUUGUUUUAGACUUUUGAAUUGAUUUAUCUAUCACAGUUAGUAGUUCCAUACCUCUGGGGUUUUAACUUUUAUAUUUUAGACUUAGAUAGGGUGGAGAUUGUUCUAACCAAUCUUUCCCCUUUAGCAAGAUCACCCUGAACUCUACUGUGGUGAGUAGAGUGUUACACUUUGUAACUGUGCUUAGCUUUUCCUAGUAUAGUUUUCAGUUAAUCUUUCUAGUAAGAUAGGAACUGUUAUUGAUAUUUCUACUUGUAUUUAUUCUAUAAUGUAUUGCAUUACAAAUUAUAUACGUUUUCAGAUAGAUAGAUAACAACCAUCGUGAUUUCAUUGCAUACAUCAGAGC